GAAAAUGAAACAGGGGACCUGAGGAACCUGAGCACCGCUUCAUGCUGUGUAAAUGUAAGCUGUUUAAAUGUAAGAAGUAGAACAAAGGCAGCCACCGAUACCGAUGAACAAAUAAAAGACAUCAAUAUACUUAGGCUUUUGUGAAACAAGCGGACCACGGACUCAAACAAGGAUGGCGGGAGUGUUCGAUAUAGACUUGGAGACUGAGGACAUCAGUGAUACAGAGGAUGAUGUCUGUGACUUCACUGUGCCAGAGCCAGAGAAUGUUCAGACAGAGGAGGUGGAGCUUACCAGUGAGAGCGUCAACAGAGACAGUGAGAGAGUUGGACCUGACUGCUUUGAGCUUCUUACAGUUCUGGGAAAAGGGGCCUAUGGCAAAGUUUUCCAGGUGAGGAAGGUCCAAGGUGCUAAGAUGGGGAAAAUAUUUGCCAUGAAAGUCCUGAAAAAGGCUAAAAUAGUGUGUAACGCUAAAGACACGGCCCAUACAAGAGCAGAGCGGGAGAUCCUGGAGACGGUGAGACAUCCGUUCAUCGUUGAUCUACUCUACGCCUUCCAGACGGGGGGAAAACUCUACCUCAUACUCGAGUGUCUAAUUGGGGGGGAGCUCUUCAUGCAGCUAGAGAAGGAGGGCAUUUUCAUGGAGGACACUGCUUGUUUCUAUCUAGGAGAGAUCACACUGGCCCUUGGUCACCUCCACUCCAACGGGAUUAUUUACAGAGAUCUUAAACCUGAAAACAUCAUGCUGAAUCACCAAGGACACAUCAAGCUGACUGAUUUUGGCCUCUGUAAGGAAUCAAUUCACGACGGAAGUGUCACACACACCUUUUGUGGCACCAUCGAGUACAUGGCUCCAGAGAUCCUGACCAGGUCAGGUCACAACAGAGCAGUAGACUGGUGGAGCCUGGGUGCUCUGAUGUAUGAUAUGAUGACUGGAUCGCCUCCAUUUUCUGCUGAAAACAGGAAGAAGACCAUUGACAAGAUCUUGAAGUGUAAACUCAAUCUGCCCCCUUAUCUGACCAUUGAUGCCAGGGACCUCAUCAAGAAGCUGUUGAAAAAGAAUCCGGCACAGAGACUUGGCUCCAGUAAAGCAGACCGUGCUGAUGUUCAGAAACAUCCAUUCUUCAAGCACAUUAACUGGGAUGACCUACUGAACAAGAGAGUGGAGCCUCCAUACAAGCCACAGCUGCAGUCAGAUGAGGACGUGAGCCAGUUUGACACCAGGUUCACCAGACAGACACCAGUGGACAGUCCAGACGACACUUCCCUUGGCCAUAGUGCAGAGCUCGCCUUCGCUGGUUUCACCUACGUGGCUCCGUCGGUGCUUGAGAGUCUAAAGGAAGGCUUCUCGUUUGAACCCCGCACACGAACUGUACGCCGGCACAACAGCAGCCCCCGCACACCCAUCAGUCCACUAAAGUUUUCUCCUGCCGGACCCUUCAAGUCCAGCCUGGACAGAGAGCCGGAGGUCUUCUCUCCCACCUCUCCGCUGGUAGCUCCAGUUUCGGUGCCGCUAGAAAAUGGCACCGCCAGUCAACCGAUCAGGACCCCGGCAAGGAACAAAAAGCAGAAGGGACAUCGCAGAUGAGGAGGGAAAUGUUUAGGGUGUGCACUCUUUGCAGCGGGACUUUUUCUGGUAUCGUGCUUUUAGAAGUGGUUUAACUUUAGAGUUCUUUGACAAACCAGAAGGCUUCAGUUUGCUUUUUUAUCCCUGCCAUCACUUUCAUCACUGAUGCAGCUCGUCUAAAAGGCUCACUCUGAUCACUUCACACUGAUUUCACUCGACAACCUGAGUUUUAUCACUGUUCUCACAUGGUCACUGGCAUUUUUACGACUUCAUUAUAUCUGCUCCUAAACUUCUGUCACACUGGGACAUAUAUAUAUAUAUACAUAGGUAAACUUUGUUGGGUGUUAAAAUAUUCUCUGCAAAUAGACUUGAAGUGAAAGUCCAGGUUCUUCAAAUGUGGUUUUGGGGUACUGACACUGUCUAGAACCUGGCAGGUUUUCUGUCACUGAAAAUCUGUGCUCGCAGGAACAAAAGGAAAAACAGAAGAGUCUCUUAGUAAAACACAUGCCUGAAUAAAUCAUCUAAAGAGUACAUGUUUACUACUUCAUCACUUCAGUCCAUUGAGUAAAUCAGUUAUUUGAAAUCGGAGCACACAGGAGUUGUUGAUUCACUGCUGCCUCCACCAUUAAGCUCGAAUGUAUUAUUUUGUGACUUAGACGUCUUUUGAUUGGCUUUGUUUAAGUGACAUAAACUUACCAAAGGCGGUAGCAGUAGACCAGCAGUUCUUGUGUCCCUGCAAACAAGAACACUUAUCGAUGGGUUUAGGUUCUAAUGGUGAGAUAAAAUUGCAUCUACAAUCAUAUGAUGUUGUAGACGCAUGGAUUUCCGUCCUUGCUGACACCGUGUUUUCACAGAGAGCAAACCUCUGUGUCUCAGGCUGGUUCUCGGUGCCGGGGGUGCACGCAGUGUAGUCGUUCGGCUGCAGCGCCUAUGAUGUGUCAGUGCCUCAUACACAAACAAUACUUCAAAAAACUGUCACUUUAAGGUGAGGUGACUGGCUUAAUCUUGUAUUAACUUGCACAUGUGAUAACAGCAAAAAGGGAAGCUGCUGAUUUUUCUUUUUGCUUUGUUUUUGGUUUAAUUAUUUUGUCAGCUUUUAAUCAGUUUAUCAGAAUCAAACUGACCUUCAGCUGCCUGGUUGUGUGCUGCACAACCUUGAGAUGGGCAGUGUGUGUGUGUGUGUGUGUGGAUUGUGAUUGUAUUAUUAUUAUAAUGAUCUACUGCUGCAUCGUACAUUAAAUAUGCACGACAGUCGGGUCUAGUUAAAGUUCUAUAUGAGAGAACUGAGCAUCUCUCAGUUCAUGUCUCAGCCAAAGUGUUUCACACCCUCUGUCCUCAAAUUGUAAGAAAAUGGACCAAUCCCACUACUGAGAGCAUGUAACACUAUAAUUAUUCAAUUAUUAUUAUUAUUUAAUAUGAAAAAGGAUGGUUCAGGAACAUACAACAUCCAUAAAAACAACGAUGUACAAAUCAAGCAAGCAGUUAUAAUGAUGCUUUCAGAGCAUAAAUUAUGUAUAAAAAGAGUAUUUUCAGACAAACAGAACAAGCCUAUUUUUACACCUAAAAAGCCUGAAAAGUCAAAUCGUGUUAAACAUGAAAUCUUAUUUUAUUUCUUAUUUGUGUUCAAUUGUGAUUGCCUCACAUGCCUGAAACAAAAAAAAGAAAAGUUAUGUGGUUCAAAAUUCUUUCAUUGGUGUUUUUUUUUUGUUUUUCAUUGAGUGACUCAUCGACAUAUAUGGAACCAAACCCAGUGAGCGUGGCUCUAUGUCUUGUAUUAUUUGCAAUAAAGAAAACAUUUGGAUGAA